AUGGGUUCCCAAGGGGAGGAUAGCUUGCUCUUGGAAGAUGGGCUUCUGAAGGAGAAUGUAAUUAGAGGAUCAUACACUGGAGAUGGAUCGGUUGACAUUAAUGGAAAUCCAGUACUUAAGCACAAUACUGGAAACUGGAGAGCAUGUCCUUUUAUUCUAGGUACUGAAUGCUGUGAGCGCUUGGCUUACUAUGGAAUUGCAACCAACCUUGUUACUUAUCUCACCAACAAGCUACAUGAAGGAAAUGCUUCUGCUGCAAGAAAUGUUACCACCUGGCAAGGAACUUGCUACCUUGCACCCCUCAUUGGAGCAGUUUUGGCAGAUGCAUAUUGGGGAAGAUACUGGACUAUUGCAGUUUUCUCCACAAUAUACUUCAUUGGAAUGGGUACUUUGACUCUGUCGGCUUCAGUUCCUGUCUUCAAGCCUCCUGCUUGUGUGGGGUCCAUUUGCCCAGCUGCAACUCCAGCUCAGUAUGCUGUAUUCUUUUUUGGUCUGUAUCUGAUUGCACUGGGGACUGGAGGGAUAAAACCUUGUGUCUCAUCCUUUGGGGCAGAUCAAUUUGAUGAUACUGAUACAAGGGAGAGAGUUAAGAAGGGGUCUUUCUUCAAUUGGUUUUACUUUUCUAUCAACAUCGGGGCUCUCGUAUCAAGUAGUUUUCUUGUUUGGAUUCAAGAUAAUGCCGGGUGGGGCCUAGGAUUUGGCAUACCUACACUGUUCAUGGGUCUUGCCAUCAUAAGUUUUUUCUCAGGCACGCCCCUUUAUAGAUUCCAGAAACCAGGUGGAAGCCCCAUUACAAGAAUGUGCCAGGUUGUGGUUGCCUCUCUCCGGAAAUGGAAUGUGAAGGUCCCCCAUGAUAGUUCUCUUUUAUAUGAACUGCCUGACAAAACCUCUGCUAUUGCAGGGAGUCGGAAACUGGAGCAUAGCAAUGAACUCAAGUGUCUUGAUAAAGCUUCUGUGGUCACUGAUCAUGAAUCUGAAAGUGAUGACUUUUCCAAUCGGUGGAAGCUCUGUACUGUGACCCAGGUAGAAGAACUGAAGAUACUAAUCCGCAUGUUUCCUAUCUGGGCUACUGGUAUAGUUUUUUCCGCUGUCUAUGCACAGAUGUCUACCAUGUUUGUGGAACAGGGAAUGGUUAUGGAUACAUCCAUUGGUUCUUUCACCAUUCCUCCAGCAUCUCUAUCAACUUUUGAUGUAAUCAGUGUCAUUGUUUGGGUCCCAAUCUAUGACAAAAUCCUUGUCCCAAUUGCAAGAAAGUUCACUGGUAAGGAGAGAGGCUUCUCGGAGUUGCAGAGGAUGGGUAUAGGCCUCUUCAUAUCAAUACUGUCCAUGAUAGUUGCUGCAUUAGUAGAGAUGAAGCGGUUGCAACUGGCAAAGGAACUUGAUCUGGUGGACCAAAACGUAGCAGUGCCUAUCAGUAUUUUCUGGCAGAUACCCCAGUAUGUCUUAGUGGGGGCUUCAGAAAUAUUUACCUUCAUCGGGCAGCUCGAGUUCUUCUAUGAUCAAUCUCCAGAUGCAAUGAGGAGUCUAUGUAGUGCCUUGUCCCUCCUUACAACAGCAUUAGGUAAUUACCUAAGCUCUUUUAUUCUUACAGUUGUGACAACAGUAACAACUAAAGAUGGAAAUCCUGGAUGGAUACCUGAUAACUUGAAUGAGGGGCAUCUUGAUUACUUCUUCUUGCUCAUAGCUGGCCUCAGCUUCUUGAACUUGCUGGUUUAUGUCUUAUGUGCUGCUAAGUACAAAUGCAAGAAGGCUUCAUAGGGGGUUUUCCAACAGGAUGGUACAAUGCAAUUUCCAAUACAUGCAACUUCUUGUAUGAAGACAUGUAAUGUAAAUAUGGUUCUGCAGCUGUAAGAUUUUUAUGGUGAAAUCUGUAAUUAUUUCUAUUCUACUUCCCUUUCAUGUGUUUAUAUAAUUAUAAAGCUGACGUUGUAUUUCUUUUGGAAUAAGCUAAUACUUCUUAGAUACA